GGUUGGAGGCAGCAGGUGUAAUCCCUUCCCACGGUCCUUUCCUAUGAACUACAUUUCCCGGGAUGCAUUGCGCGGCGACCAAGAAUCCGUGGAAAAGCGAUUGCGCCUGCGUAUCCAGACGUGGCAACGGCAUCAUGGCUUCUUGGAUGGGCUACGGGAGUUGGAUGAGAGAGGCGAAAAUAUUCAUACUGGUGCUGCUGGUGUGGCCGCUGCCGGUGCUGCUGGAGGCGGUGAAGGUGUCUCCUCUCAUAGAGAAGGUCAGCGACCACAAAGACUUCAAGAAGCUGCUCAGGACAAGAACCAAUGUUCUGGUGGUCUACACAGACACAGCUACGUCAGGAGAAUCCCACCUGAAACUGCUGUCAGAUGUGGCCCAGACAGUGAAGGGCCAAGGGACUAUCGCCUGGGUCAACUGUGGAGAUUCAGAGGGUCGUAAGCUCUGUAAGAAAGUGAAGGUGGACCCGAGCUCCAAACGUGGAGGCGCAGAGCUGCUACAUUACAAAGAUGGGACAUUCCACAUGGAGUACAAUAGACCUGCUACCUUCAAGUCCAUGGUAGCGUUCUUGAAAGACCCAUCAGGACCCCCGCUGUGGGAGGAGAACCCUGAGGCGAAAGACAUCGUUCACCUAGAGACAGAAAAAGACUUCAGGAAGCUGCUGAAGAAAGAGGAGCGGCCGGUCCUUAUGAUGUUCUACGCUCCAUGGUGUGGUGUGUGUAAGAGAAUGCAGCCGAUCUUUCAACAAGCGGCCACAGAGACAAAGGGAAGAUAUGUGCUUGCGGGGAUGAAUGUGCACCCAGCUGAGUUUGACAGCCUCAAGCAGGAGUACAGCGUCAAAGGCUACCCGACCUUCUGCUAUUUUGAGAAGGGGAAGUUCCUUUAUCACUAUGAAAACUACGGAGCCACAGCCAAGGAUAUCGCAGACUGGAUGAAGAACCCUCAGCCCCCCCAGCCGAAGACCCCCGAGGUGCUGUGGUCUGAGACGGAUUCCUCUGUCUUUCACCUGACUGACGAGUCUUUUGACAGCUUCCUGGAGGAACAUCCUGCAGCUCUGGUCAUGUUUUAUGCCCCCUGGUGUGGUCACUGCAAGAAAAUGAAGCCAGAGUAUGAGGAAGCUGCUGAAAUACUCAACAAGGGCGCAGACAGUCCGGGUGCGUUGGCAGCGGUAGACGCCACCGUGCACAAGGCUGUGGGGGAUCGCUUCAAGAUCUCUGGCUUCCCAACUGUUAAGUAUUUUGAGAAAGGUGAGGAGAAGUACACGCUGCCACAGCUCCGAAGCAAAGAAAAGAUCAUCGAGUUCAUGCACAAUCCCCAGGCACCUCCUCCACCAGAGCAGUCUUGGGAGGACAGGCCCACGAGUGUCAGCCAUCUUGGGUCAGAGGAUUUCCGAGAGUCGCUGAAGAAGAAAAAACAUGCUCUGGUCAUGUUCUACGCUCCCUGGUGUCCACACUGUAAAAACGCUGUCCCUCACUUCACCACAGCAGCAGAGCUCUUUAAAGAGGAUCGCAAGAUUGUGUACGCCGCUGUAGACUGUACAAAAGGACAGAACCAUGAGCUGUGCAAGCAGGAAGGGGUGGAGGGUUACCCGACAUUCAAUUACUACAACUACGGCAAAUUUGUAGAAAAAUAUAAUGGAGACCGUGGGGAGGUGGGGUUCACAGGUUUCAUGCGCGGCCUAAGAGAACGUGACCAAGAAAAGGUUGGGAAGAGGAAGGAGGAGCUCUGAGGGCAGUGGGCAGGUUGCACUGCAGUUUGUCAUUGCACUGUGACCCUUGACCCUGGAAAGGGCCAUAUCAGCACUGACAUGGGAGACUUGACCUCAGCGAAUGGAAAUAUUUUUAUACCACGGUGAUCACAUUUGUAAUAAUACCAACAGAGUACCUACAGUCAGACCGACCACUUGAGACUUCUUUUUUCACAGAUUUCCUGAUGGGCAGAGAAAACCAGACAAAAAGGUGAUUUUUUUUUUUUUUUUCUUGCCCAAACACUGUGACUGCAUAUGUGAAAAGCUAUACCCCGUUACUGUAUCUAUGCAAUACUGACCCCUGUGUGACUGACGGACAGCCAUGGUGGUGGUUUUCAUUUGUGAAAGAUGGACGCUGCACCACCUGGCACUGCAUUGGGGCCCUAAUCCAGUCCCUUCAGCCCUGCUCUGUCUCUGGAAGAGACACAUGCUGAUUGUUGACACAUACGUGUUGUUUUCAGUAUUUUUGUACAGAAUCUUUAUGUCGUAGGUCCGGAACCAUCCAGAAUAUUGUUUAGUUAUCUUCACAGAUCAGUUGAACGAUAACUACAUUUAACACGAUCAUCUAAAAAUGCCCAAAACUUGUACAGCAAAAUGUGCUGAUGUCGGUAAUCAAGUAUUAUAGGUGAAAUUGUAGCCAAAGGUGCAAUAUUCUGUAUGGUUCCAGGCUUUCACAGUUUUAGAAAUGACUUAUACAUUUGUGUUUGCUCAGACCUGUGGCCUUAAAGAUGUUUAAAACAUAGGUGGAACUGCAGAAACAGAAAAUGAUAAGAGGAAGGGAAUCAGAGGCCUGGUGCUCCAGCAGUUCCCUCAAGUAAACAAGUCAAAGAAGAAGAAAACAAACAACACAAAAUACCAAAUAUUGCUCCGCAUUGCCCUUGACAUUUUCAUGCUUCAUACAUUUCCAGACAUUAACAUUCACAGCUGCAGUGAUGUUUUACAUCUUGUACAUCCGCUGUUAUUCAUUCAUCAGGGUUCAUUAGUGAUGUAACAAAGGUAGGGCUCAUUUACAUAAGCACGGGAGAAGUUCAAGUACGGUGGCUAAAUAUUGUAUGUUCUAAAUCAAAUCAAAUCAAAUUUUAUUGUAUAGCGCCAAAUCACAACCAAAGUCAUUUCAGGACAC